UGCUCUUUGCAAUGGGGAGAUGGCCAGGCUGGGGGUCAGGGACAGGCGUGUCCCCAAAGAUGUGUGGCUUCAGGGGACCCUUGAGGUGCUCUGCUGGGAUGUGGGCAGGAAGGAGAAGCAAAAGGAUGGGGAUCGAGGAACGUUUGGAUUUUGAGUUGAGGGAUGUGGUUUAGUGUUGGUGAUGGGUGGAUGGUUGGACUGGAUCAUCUUGAAGGUCUUUUCCAACCUUGGUGAUUCUGUGGAUGUCCUUCCCCAGGGGCUCCCCCAGGCAGCUUUGUUGGCCUCUGUGGUAGGGAAGCAGGGGUCCCAUCCUUGCUGCCACUCCCUGUGAUUUUCUGCAGUGAUGGCGUAAAGGGCUGCCACCUUUAUCCACACUGGCUGUAGACCAAGCAGUCCCUGCUGGGCUGCACCCUCCCCCAGGGGGGCUCUGCCCUGUGGUGGCACCAGCUCUGCUGACUGGGUGGACUGGAGCUUUUAACGAGCUUGAGAAGCACUUGUAAAAAGUCCCAGGUGAAAGGUAAAGCAUUGUGCAGAAGUAGGAGGCAGGGCCUCUGAACGAGAUGUGAUUUUCUUUCACCUCCCACUUCCCUCUUUUGUUUUUUAUUUCCAACCUGUUGUGUUUUUUCCCUCUUUGUUGGCCACCUCCAAGGGCUGUCAUCACAAGCAACAAGGAUCCUGCUUUUGCAUCCAACUGUUUUGACCUCUCCUUUUUUUUUGUGGUCAAAAUGCCUCCUGGCCUUAUUAUACUUUCAAAGGUUUCUGUGUGCUGACUCCACCUCAGAUAAUGCUUACCUGCCUGAUUUGUUUAUGGGACUCCAGCUUAUUUACACAAGGCAAUGAAUUAGGCCUCACAAAAUAUUUACGAGGUAGGAGUGUUGUGCUGUAGUGCCCCUGGAUGGGAAAUCAGGGCACAGAGAGGCUCAGUGGCUGAAGAUGCAGCUUGGAGCAGAGAGCAGACCAACCCUGUGCAGUGAUGCUCACAGCAUCUGCUGGCCAUCAGCUGCGUUGUGUCUUGGAACUUCAAACCCAGUGUGGUUUCCUCCUUCCAGGCAGCCUUGGCCUUCUUACCUCCAGCAGCUGGGCCAGGAGGCCUCGUGCUCACUCUGCUAGGGCAGCCCUGUGUGAGGGGCUGAAGAUUUACAGUGCAGGAGGACUGAAGGUGCAAGUUGGUCACCCUCGUACAUCAGCCCAUGUUGUACUUCUAGUUUUUGGUCUCAGAAGUCUCACUGUGUAAACUCCUUGCUGCCUUCAGGAGAAUCCUUUUCCCUGGCUGACACAAACAUGUCGGGUGUGAGUUUUCCUUAUGACUUAUCAUCCAAAACUGCAGGAGGAAGCUUUCAGGAUUGAUGUGCUGGCAGCUCCCUCUGCACCCUGCUGAGCUGGUGCAAGCAGUGCAUUGUGCACGCUGUGCUGGGCAUGCCCUGGCACUUGCCUGCCAGCUGCACAAGGUGAGCUGGUGAUUUAGUCUUAGUGCUCAGAUCUCUGGCAGCAGCAGUGAGCGCUCUGCCCUGUGCUGGGGGCAAGCCCAGGGUGUGAUUUGUGCACUCUGUACAUGAUUCAUAUGUUGGUUAACACUGUCAACUUUGUUACCGAGUUGGGGAUGGGUUUUACUGCUGGUGGAAACGAAGUAAGCCAGCUCCUGAUGUGCCAGUGGGGAUGUAAUAACUUUAUUACCUUUCCUCAUCAGGAAGUUAAUGAAGAACAUUGUCUUUAUGUUUGGUGGGAAAAACCACCUUCUGUUUUUGGGGUGAGAUUUGAAGCCUGCUGCAGCCACAGCACUCUGCUAUGACCGUGGAGCUGUGGUGGGUGCUUGACUGCCCUGCUGGAGCAGAGGGCUGGCUGCAGGACCUGUGCCCUCCCCUUGGUGACAUCUGCAUGUGUGCAGCACCACUGUGCCACAGCCUCUCCCUGCAGAGCAGAGGUGAUCGCUUGCUUUGGAGGGGCUGAUCUUUGUAUUAUCUGUACUUUUAUAUUACUGCUAGGAAGAGAGAUUGUGUUGGGACUGACGCUCUGCUCCAAAGGACGGGGAUUAUUCUCCAGGCUUGUGCCCUCCCCUGGAUGUGCCUGGUGCUGAUCAGCCUGCUCCAUGCCCACCCUGUAAGCCUCUCCGAGAGCACAACAAAUUGUUGCUUUGGCUUUUGGGACAGAUUUGCUUCUUCCUUGGCGUCGUCAUGAGUAUCUGUAACUCCUGGCGCCUGUUGGAGCUGGGAGAUCACUCUGGUCCCCAGCUCUCCAUGCUGACAUGGUAACGGAACGGCGGCUCUCAGCGGCGGGCAGGCAGGGACAGCUGCAGAGAGGUUUUGCAGCACAUCAGAUAUGUCUUGGAGCCCCUGGAGCCAGAGGUAUCUUUGCAGCUUCUGGAAGAUGAAUUGAAAAGGAAGAGCAGCCCCUCCUGCAGGUCCUGCCCUCCAAAAAAACCCAGCACUAGUGAGAAAGCAGGAAGUUCCUUUUGGAGUGCAUUGACCUGGUUCUGGGGACAGCUGUGAUGCAAAAAGAGAAGAAUCCAGCUAGUGCAACUGGCAGGGUCCAUCUCGGAUAGAUGCGGAUGAUGCCAGAGCUAUGACAGGGAUUGCAGUCCUGGCACUGAGGGGUGAUCAGUUAUGGAACAACUACAGGAGGAAGUACCUGAGGUCAGGGAAGAGGAGGAGGAAGAGGAAGAGGCAGUGACAGUGCCUAGCGGAGCCUCGGACCCAAGUGUAGGACCAGACAGCUCACUGCCCUCGAGCAGCUACACCGACCUUUCACAGAGCUCCUCUCCCUCCCUGUCAGACCAACUGCAGAUGGGCUGUGAGGAGACGGCCUCGGGGGCGCUGAACGUGGAGUGCAGAGUCUGUGGAGACAAAGCCUCGGGCUUCCACUAUGGUGUGCACGCCUGCGAGGGCUGCAAGGGUUUCUUCCGCCGGACGAUCCGCAUGAAGCUGGAAUAUGAAAAGUGUGAGAGAAGCUGCAAGAUUCAGAAGAAGAACCGGAAUAAGUGCCAGUACUGCCGCUUCCAGAAAUGCCUCUCGUUGGGCAUGUCACAUAAUGCGAUCCGCUUUGGCCGCAUGCCGGAGGCAGAGAAGAGGAAGCUGGUAGCUGGGCUGACGGCAAGUGAGAUCAGCUGCCAGAACCCCCAGGUGGCCGACCUGAAAGCUUUCUCCAAGCACAUCUACCACGCCUACCUGAAAAACUUCAACAUGACCAAAAAGAAAGCAAGAGGUAUCUUGACCGGGAAGGCCAGCAGCACCCCACAGCCUUUUGUGAUCCAUGACAUGGACACCCUGUGGCAAGCAGAAAAGGGGCUGGUCUGGAAACAGCUGGUGAAUGGGAUCCCCCCCUACAAGGAGAUUGGUGUGCACGUCUUCUAUCGCUGCCAGUGCACCACUGUAGAAACUGUGCGGGAGCUCACCGAGUUCGCCAAGAGCAUCCCCAGCUUCAUAGGCCUCUACUUGAAUGACCAAGUGACUCUGCUGAAGUAUGGGGUGCACGAGGCCAUCUUUGCCAUGCUGGCCUCUAUCAUGAACAAGGAUGGGCUGCUGGUGGCCAACGGGAAUGGCUUCGUGACCCGUGAGUUCCUGCGUAGCUUGCGCAAGCCCUUCAACGAGAUCAUGGAGCCCAAGUUUGAGUUUGCUGUGAAGUUCAACGCACUGGAGCUGGAUGACAGUGACCUGUCUCUGUUUGUGGCUGCCAUUAUCCUGUGCGGAGACCGUCCCGGCCUGAUGAACGUGAAGCAGGUGGAGGAGAUCCAAGACAACAUCCUCCGAGCGCUGGAGUUCCACCUGCAGUCCAACCACCCGGACGCCCAGUACCUCUUCCCCAAGCUGCUGCAGAAGAUGGCUGACCUGCGGCAGCUGGUGACAGAGCACGCCCAGCUGGUGCAGAAGAUCAAGAAGACAGAGACAGAGACCUCCCUGCACCCUCUCCUGCAGGAGAUCUACAAGGACAUGUACUAAGGACCUCUUAUUUAUGAGAAUGAAGCCAUGGAUUCCAAGCGAGACUCUUUGUACAAAAACAAAGAAAACCUUUCCCCAUGUCUUCCAUUUCUUCUACUGGAAACUCUUUUCUACACGACUCCAAUGUACGGUACAUAGGGCAAGGCGCCGGAAGGUUUUGCAGUCACCUCCUGGUAGCUUGGGACUUCCAUUGACACACUAAUGAAUUUACUAAGGCAAAUCAUAAGCUACUGUUUCCAUUACUGUGGGGCCUCCAGAGCAGCCGGGUGGUUUGCAUGGCAUGGACAGGGGAUUCCUGCAGCAGCUUGGGGCUAGUGGGGGCUGCUGUGGUUGUUGAGAGCCCCCAGCAUGGUGUGGUUUCCCCGUGGGCAGCAGCAGCACUUGGGGUGUGUCUGUCAUAUUGCACUCUGAAGAUGUAGUCCUGAGCUGUGGAGUUUAGGACAGUGGCACAAAAGGAAGUAUUUCUCUUCCCCAAGGAAAAGCUGGCGUAUUUGAAGAUGUGUAUGGCUGUCCUAGCAAAGAGCCUUGGCUGCAGCCCCCCUCUCUGUGCUCCCAGUGCCUCCACUUCAGAGGAACCUGUCCCUUAGCACCUCUGUGUCAAAGAGGGGAGGGAAGGGGUUGACUCAAGAAUACACCUUCAGAGCUGAGGCCCGUGAUCCUUUUGCUUCCCCAGGCAGUUCUGUGCAGAUAGGAGUUCCAGAAAGGUCUGCGCAGGGCAGGUUUGGGAUGAGAUGGCUGUGCAAGCUCCCUGCAAGCACCAGAGCAAGCAAAGCCUUCAGCAACACCAGCAUGGGGAAAGUCACGGUCAGCCCACAGAGCCCAGGGUGCUGACAGGGUGUUUGUGGGGCUGUGGGGAGGGAGCACAUCGCGGGCUGGAAGGUUCUGCAGAAGAGAUCUGGUGAUCCACGGCACCAGCAGAGCAGCCCUGACGGAGGAACAGCAGCACUGGGGAGCGCAGGAGAUCGCUGCACCCCAACCUGGUGUUGCUGCCACCAAAGUGUGCGUGGCCUUCGCCCCUCUGCUUAAGGCUGUGCCUCAGUUUCCCCCUCCAGGAAAGGGAGCCAGGCUGCCCUUUGCUCAGAAGGGGAGAAUGAAAAUCAAUCAGUGUACUGGUUGCAAAGAGCUUUGCAGCUGUAAAACACAGUAUAAGCACCAAGUAUUCAUAAGGGGGAGGGAUGCUUCCCCUGCCCUGUUCCACCCAGACCCUGAGCUUGGGGACAGCUUUGGGUUCUGGCCUUCCCCUCCAUGCUGCUGGGCUGGCAAUCCCACACCUGCUGCUGCCCUCUGCCUCCUCACUGUGCCUCAGUUUCCCCACCCUCACCUCCCAGCCGUACCUUGCAGGGCUGUUAAGGAGUUACCGUUUCUAAAGCACUUUGAAGUCCUCUGGGGAAGGCACCAGAGGUGUGUGCUGCUCCCAGCAUGGGGGUCUGUCCCCAAAGCCCCCGCUGGCCCCCAAAGCUCGGUGGCACCCCCAGGGCACAUGGACCCCUGCGUUGGUCACCUGGGGAACUUUUUGCUCUUUCCUUCAGUGUAACAACCCUCAAACUGAAAUGUAUAUUUUUGCUAGAAGUACAAACCUCCAGGUGUUUUUAAUAAUAUAAAUAGUGUCUGCAAACUGAUGACUUUAAAUAAAUCUGAACUAAAUAUUUAA